CGCUGAGUCAUACCCUGAACGGUUUUCAGGUAACACCAGUGAACCGUAAAGUUGUCUGUCCCGACUGUCCCGUCUUAGAUCACACACCUGCUGAAGUCAUGCCGUCUGAAAGGGCCAUGAAGACAGGGUCCGCCUGCCCCCCUCCCCCCGGACCAGGUAAACUCCGUCUGUACAGUAUGAGGUUCUGUCCGUACGCACAGCGGACUCGCCUGUUCCUCGCUGCCAAGGGAAUACAGUUCGAAACUAUCAACGUCAACUUGAAGGACAAGCCAGACUGGUUUCUUGAGAAGGCCCCGCUAGGCAAGGUGCCUGUACUGGAGAAGGAUGGGAAGAUUGUGUACGAGUCUCUGGUCUGUAACGAGUACCUGGAUGGGAUCUACCCCGACAAAUGUGUCACUCCCAGCGACCCUUUGGAGAAGGCACGUCAGAGCAUGGUUCUGGCUCUGUGGGACGCGAAGGUGAUUGGUUUCUACUACAAGUUGAUGACGGGGAAGGAAGACGAGCGCCCAGCCCUGGGCAAGCAGUUCCUCGACGGCCUCCAGUUCAUCGAGAAAGCCCUGACACAACCGUUCUUCUCCGGAAACAAGGCCGGUGCGCUGGACUACAACCUGUGGCCGUGGUUCGAGCGACUCUGUAUGCUGAAACCCAUCGGUGUGGAGCUCUCCGUGGACAAGUUUCCUCAGCUUACCGCCUGGAUGGAGCGUAUGCUGCAGCUGCCUGAAGUCAAGACCUGCUACUUCUCACCGGAGGCUCAUGCCCAGUUCGGUAAAUCCUGGAUGGCAGGCAGUCCUGACUACGACAUUGGAUUGGAGGAAUAAACACUGUACAUUGGCUGCCUACACUGAUUGAGUGCCAUACAUUCCAUCUAAUUAAGAGAAGAGAAGAGAUGUUUAUCUUAAAAGGCAUAUGUGUCUUGUGAUUGAAGCUAAAGAGUAAGCUACAACUGGUUAUUGGACACCAAAGAUUUAAUGCUGCUAUCAAGAUCUAUGUAUCGAUCUAUCAUCUUUAAGCUUGAAGUUGGAACUCAUGUGUGAACCUUUUACAUCUAUCAGUUCAUUCACUGGCCAUGGGAAGCUUUCGUGUAUAAUUAUGUUUGUGAGACCCCCUCCGAAAGGAUAUGUUUAUGACAAGAUCAUGUUUAAUCUUGUAAUUUUGUAGUAAAUUUGAAAUAAAUGGUAAUUUGGCUGCUUGGCUGUAGCUGUGUAUGGUAAUAUCUAGAGUUCUAGACAGAACUUCAAUAUGAAACUUGUUGAUACACUUUAUAAAUAGGUUCUAGCUCAUCUCAGAACAAGUGCACUUUUAAAAUGCUGUAGGACUUACUAAGCCCUUGCUGGUUGAAAAUUGGACAAACAAUGUCACAAAAUGUAUACACAAAGGCCCACAUCACCAAUGUAUCAAGUUCGUGGUAGCCUGAAAUAAUGACCAUUGUAAACAUGAUUUUAUGACGUAUGUUGUACAUAGCGCAUAUAUGGUAUUCAAGUAUACCAUCGGGAGUAAAGUUUCUUGGUAACGCUUAACGGUGAAUUCGGGAUAACAAAUAACGCUUGACGUAUACUAUAGCAUUACAACGACCAACAACGCUUCACGAAUAAUAUACCGAUAGCGCUUAACGUUGAAGUAGAGCGGGUCGGCAACGUUUAACGGAAAAAGGCAUGUAGACCCUCGUCAAUAUGGGUAUACUUACUUGUGAAAAAAAGACAUUUCUCCAUCUUGCAUUUCCGCACCCCCAUGAGAAAGUGGGAUGCUCAGCUUGAUUGUUUUUUAUAGCCCGAACUGCUGAUGGACCCGUCCAAAGGUGCUGGUUGGGAGGGGGUGACAGGCCACUUGCAGACUGACCUUGAAUAGAAAGUUUCUCGGAAAUGCGUUUAAUAUUGAU